UCGUACGUACUAGCGACAAGAACGUGCGCGCGCAAUCGCGAGUAAAAUCGAAAUUAUAAAAUCGAUAUUUACAUCGUCAACAUAACAUAGAUCGUUUUAUCGAUUUUAAAUAUCUUUUUAUCGAUUAAAGUGUUACAAUUAGAAUAUCAGACUUUUGAUUUUUGGACUUGUGAAUUUAUUUAUAUCGUCCGCAUACUUCUGAUAGAUAUUUUAAUACAGUUAUAUUCUUUUAAAUAUCUAUUUCGGGAACAUUUUUAUUUAGUCUCCAAACUUUUGGAGUUUGUGUUUUAGUCGUGUGUGAUGAGUUCUUCAGUGGCAUUUAACUGAAAAUCUGCUGACUUAUUGCUGUAAUUUUGUAAAACUACUAGAAAAGAAAAUGGCGGCGGAAAUGUCGUUCGCCAACGCCACUUCGGACAACAGUUUCUCCGAAGCAUUCGGAAACCAUAUGAAAGGGUUAGGAAGGAUGUUCUACAUACAUUCGCCCAAGGAACAGCUGUAUGAGAAAGUCGAGGAUGUACCUAACUUCUUUAGACAGUCGUACCCAUACUUCUUAAUAUUCAUGAUCAUCGAGCACAUAGUACUGCGGUUGGAGGGCAAGAAAGGCAUUCGACUCAACGAUGGAAUUACGAGCAUAUCUCAUGGAAUAUUCCAGGAAUGUGGCAGGUUAAUCUGGCGCGGAGCGGAGUCAUAUUUGUACACCUGGAUAUACGCAAACUUCAGAAUAGUCGACCUGCCUUGGAACAACCCUGUGACGUGGUACGCCGCGGCUUUGGGGGUCGACUUCUGUUACUACUGGAUGCAUAGAGCUUGUCAUGAAGUCCACAUCCUGUGGGCCCAACAUCAAGUGCACCACACAUCUGAAGACUUCAACAUGGGUGUGGGCAUCAGGCAGUCAGUUCUCCAGGGCUGGUGUGGCUUCAUCUUCUACCUCCCACUGGCACUAGCGAUACCACCGGCGCAGUUCGUGAUGCACCACCAGUUCAGUUACCUCUACAUGUUCUGGAUCCACACAGAGUCCAUCAAGAGCCUCGGGCCACUGGAGUACAUCCUUAACACUCCCAGUCACCAUAGGGUGCAUCAUGGCAGUAACAAGUAUUGCUUGGAUGUCAACUACGGCGGAGUCCUCAUCAUCUGGGACCGUCUCUUCGGCACAUUCAGACCAGAAACAGACAAGAUUGAAAUCGUGUACGGGCUUAUAUACAACCAGCCGUCUUUCAACCCGGCUUACCUACAGUUGUUCUACACGCGGUACGUAAUCCAGAAGUUUUCUCGACUUGAAUCAUGGACCGACAAGCUGAAGGCAAUCGUUUGGGGACCCAGCUGGGAACCAGGCACUCCUCGACUUGGAGAUGAAGACAUGAAGAUUGAUGUGGAAAAUCGUGCUAAAUACGACAUUUUCCUGCCCGCUUGGUGCAACAUCUAUAUAGUUUUACAUUACGCGGUCGUUUUAUAUGGCUUCUUCGAGCUGGCUUCCAGGUACAUGGGUAUGACACCGAUAUCAGUGAUCAUCUUCGUAGUCUACGUGAUGGCGUCUCUCACUAUUAUAGGCAUGUUGUUCGACAACUCUAAGUACGCGCCAAUGCUUGAAGUCCUGAGAUGCUCUGCCCUGGCCUUCCUAACAAGGAGUAUAGCGACCAGCCCAGCGUUGACAGCAUUGCAGAUGGUGUACGUUGUAUCUGCUAUGUUCUGGUGUUUACACACAUUGAAGUUAUUGGAAAUCAAAAAAAAAGUUGAUUAGAUAAGUUUUUGUGAAACCCCAUUUACAUGUAGACAGUUUCACGUCUCGAAGGUGAACGAUCGGUAAUCGCAGUGAUACAACUUCUUAUAUUAAAGCCAGCUAAACAAUAAAAUUUUCUCUUAGGGUUCUGUGUGUUUAAAAUAGAUUAGUAUUUGAGAUACAAGAGAUAUAGCAGGGUAUUACAUCUUUGGCUGUUCUCUUAAAUUCGGCUUGAUUCGUGCUGUUAAAAUAAUUUAUCCGCCGAUUCUCAUUAAUGUAACGUUGCUAAAGUACUGAGUCUUUCAUGUAUAUCUUAUAUACGGAUUGAUUAGUGCUAUUUAAAUGAUUUGUACGCCGAUUCCGAGGAAUGUUGCGCAAUCUGAUUAAAUGGUUAGAGACUCGCGGCGGGAAACUCUCUUCAUGUAACUCAGACUGAAAUCCUUACAGUGUAUUUGCUCAGCCUAAAAUUAAAACCUUGCAGGGUUUUGUGUCUGAUUUAAAUUCAUCUCGUUUAAUGUAUUGUAUGCUCUAUAUAGAUCUCAGACUGAGACUUUAUGUUAAAACGUGCAUGACCAAGGUCGCUUUAUAUUUGGACGCUAAUAUUUUUGUAGUGUUUUCAUACUGAUUUGAAUUCGUGACAAGGUACACUUAAUUUUUUUAAAUAGAAAUAAUUGAAGCUCAAUUUUGUUCCACCCAAUUAGCGCAAGUAAUUUUGACAUGCCGGAUACUGUGAAGCUGAUAAAACUUUGUCAACAACGACGUCAACUUUAAGUUACACCAACAAGCUUCUAGAAAUAUGGCGAUAUAACUUUAAAUCAAUAAUCUAAUUUGUAGAACCUAGAAUAUGCUACUCUACAUUUUAUCGUUCUAUACAAUUUGUGCCACAUGUAAACUAUUAAUCAGUAUGUCAGCUCCACUAACUAAUUUGUCAGGUCCACCGAAAUGUUAAUGUAUAUAGAAAAGGCACAAUUCGUCGAAAUAUAUCGAUUUAGGUUUAAUACUUCUACAUCGAUGUAAAAAUUCAUGUUUUGCUAAAAUAAAAACGUUUUAUUAAGGGUAAUUCGCUGUAAUAUACCACCAAAUAAAUAUCGUGUCGUAUUACUUUGUGGUGUUAUAUUAAAAAAACAUACAAUCUUAUUAAUAUGCAAAACCAUUAAUCAGUACAAUGACUCGGUCACAUUACAUAGACAGAUCAUCAAAAAUACAAUCUCCACUCACGAUCCACUCCCGACACAGGAGUUGAAUACUCAAAGGAGAGGACUUCACACAAGAAUUAUGAAAACUUUAAAAGCAAUGCUUACUAUUCAAGAUUACAACAGUUAAUUAUUGAAAACGGAAUAAAUGUUUGGGAUAUGUUUUUAAACUGGCUUAGUUAAGAAAUUUUUUGAAGUUUUUAUUUUAGUUUUAGAAUUAUAGAGUAUACUUGCAAAUUAUUUUGUAUCGUCCAACAGUCUGUGUAGAAUCACAGACUGUCGUACAAUAUAAAAGAAUAAUAGCAAAUGAGGAUAAUAAGGUAAAGUCUGGUAUAUAGUGCCUUCGAAAUAAACAAUAGUUAUUAUUGAGCCAGUAAAAAUAAGUAGUUAACCAUAAUAUUAAUCGCAAGUGCCAAAUGUUAUGUAAUUUUAAGGACUAAUAAUUUUAGUGUAGAAUUGUUUUCUAAAUUUGUAGUUUUGUAACGUUAUACUUCAUAAACUUACUGCCAAAUGUGUAUAUACUAAUAAUAAGAGUAUCAAUUAAAUAUUAUGAUUAAGACAAUAUAAGAGCAA